CGGCCGCGUUCUGUUCUUAGUGCAACGAUUUGCGCUCAGAAUUCCUCUCCUCGAUCAUGCUAUCGACCCUCACAGCAUGAAGAGGAGUCAUAAAGAGGGGUGCACUCCCUGCAUCCUCCUCGCCCAACUGAACCUGAGCUCAGCAUAUCGCGCCGGAUGGUAGCUCGUCCUGAAAAGAGUCGUGAGUUUCAACAAAACCGGUCUCUUUCGCUGCCCGCGCCGGUGGAGAUAUUUGACGCCAUGCCCUCUUCAUGCAAUGGGUUCCACUGCGGCUGCGAGUCUGUCGCCCAUGUGACUUGUGCGUUAGUGCAGUCCAGUUUUUGUGUAAGUGGACGGCUCUGUGUCAUGUGCAUGAUUCUUUUCACAAGCUUCAUUGCGGCUUUCAGGUCUCGACGCACUCUGUUCAGGCGAGGCCUGCCAGUCUCACAUUAUGCAGUGACACUGGUCUGGUCAACAAAUUGCAUCUCGUUCUUCAACUUGAAUCAAGCAGUUAUUACUAUGCUACACACAAGGAGGGGAACAUGCUAUCUGGCAGCUGAGACAUUGCGGGGGUCAUUCAAACGUUGCAAAGAUCAAGGGGGUCAACAGUCCAGGAACAAAAAGGGAGUGGACUUGUUUUUCUCUCCCAGGAUGCCUCAGACCUGUCCGAUCACCUUGACUGAGCCUGGAGGAGGAUGCUGCGGUCGUAUCUGCUGAGAUCACAACGACCCAGCACCGCAUUCAGGUCCUCGACGCUGAGUAUCGAAAGUUAUCGUAAAUAGGCUUGAGAUGCUUUCAUUGCGAGCCGAUCACAAGAAGCCAGUCUGUUCUUUGGCUCUCGUCCGCAGGUCGCAGAUAAGAAGCAAUCCUAAAUCGCGAUCCACCAGACCCAUCACAUCAGUUCGGGUGGCUUGGCGCCAGGGUCCCUCCCCUGUCGCUGGGCUUGCUGCACCAGUCCAAGCUUUCCUGCUGAUGA